UCGGUGAACAAGCCCGUCUCCUUGACAAUUACCUUCUUCUUCUUUUAUAGAUGUCUAUUCUUAUUAGGAUAUAAUAUUAUUGUUUUUCAUAUUUUUCUUCUAAACUAUAUCAAAUCCUUUAAUACGUUAUUCAGCGUCAGCUGUGUACACGCCAUGUAUGUACGCGCAUGUGCGUUCGUUAUGUAAUUUUUUAUUGGUGUAUUUCUUACAUUUCGACUCAUCUAUUCUAUUCUUUUCAAAGAAUGAAUAUAUAUAAAUAAUUCCUCGUAAAACAGAAUUGCAAGAAAAUGUAGAAUACUGUUCCAAUAAUCUUGUAAUCGCUACAUGUAUACACUGUACAUUGUUAUCCAAAAAGGAAAGAAAUAAAAGUGUAGAAAAGUGUAGAUAGCUAAUAAGCACAUCCGAUGCAUAGAACAUAAUAUAUAUACGUAAAAAAUUAUAAUAACACGUGGAGCAUGCCAUCGAGCAAAAGCAUUAUUCAAACGGUACAGUCUCUUAAAACGUGUUUUCUAAACAUUUUCAAGACUCAGUCAAAGACUGAUAAUAUGAUGACACACAGAUUUGUCCACAAUUCUUUUGGCAAAUAUGAUGUUGUUAGACCGUGGCUGGUUUCUGAAAAAGUUGAUGUACCUGCAUAUAUACCCCAGCCAUCCUAUAGUCAAACAUCAGUACCUGAGAAAGGUCCAGAAAUACCAGAAAUUAAGGAUGCAUAUCAAAUAGAAUGUAUGAGAGACAGCUGUAAACUUGCUAGUUAUAUUCUACGUCAAGUUCAUCCAUUAAUUAAGCCUGGUAUUACAACCGACUCGCUUGACAAACAAGUGCACGACAUGAUCAUUGGUAAUGGAGCUUAUCCGAGUACGCUGAAUUAUUGUGGUUUUCCCAAGUCUAUAUGUACAAGUAUUAACAAUGUCGCUUGCCACGGUAUUCCAGACAAUAGACCUCUACAGGAUGGUGAUAUUCUUAAUGUUGACUUAACGGUAUAUCUUAAUGGCUAUCACGGCGAUUGCUCAGCUAUGUUUCAAAUAGGCGAAGUUGAUUCUGAAGGCAAACAAUUAAUAAAAAUUACGGAGUUGUGCUUAAAAGAAGCUAUACAGAUAUGCAAGCCGAACGAACGUUUUUGCAAUAUUGGUAACGUGAUAGAAGAGAUAGCGAACAAACAUAAUUUCAACGUGAUACCAGUAUGCUUGGGUCAUGGUAUUGGGACUUAUUUUCACGGCGUUCCGGAUAUUUUUCACUUUGCAAAUGAUUAUUUUGGGGAAAUGCAACCGGGGAUGACGUUCACUAUUGAACCAAUUUUGAGUCAAGGAACGACACAAAUCGAGAUUUUAGAGGAUGGAUGGACGGCUUGUACCGUUGACGAUUCUAGGACUGCACAAAUCGAACAUACAAUCUUAAUCACGGACGACGGAUGCGAAGUAUUGACGUUUUAAUUUGUAAUUAUUUUUGUCAUUGCUAUCCGUUUUAAUGUAAAUAUUAAUUAAUACUCCUGUUGUCAUACUCCGCGCACUUGUCUUCGCGAAAUUCACUGCACGAUAAAGAUGUAAACAUAGUGAAAUAAAAAAAUUAGUUUCUAUUA